AGGCAGUUCCAAGAUUCCCCUUAGAAUCCCAAAAUCAUAAAAAAUCCCAAAUCGUCUGUGUGUCAGUGUGUGUGUGUAAGAUUUGGUGGUGAAAUUUGGGUAGGAAGUGGAAGAUCUCCCUAUAUCCUAUCUUUGAGUGCGUGCUUGGUGGUGAAAUUUGGGUAGGAAGUGGAAGAUCUCCCUAUAUCCUAUCUUUGAGUGCGUGCUUGGAACUGUGAGUCGAUGAAUGCGUAGGCAGUAUUGAGUGAUGAAAUUAAAUGAAGAGGCAAAAUACUCGAAGCUAAAGCCAACUACUAUAACGAAAACAGCAGUUUGACAAUGAAGAUAGUCACAUACAACAUAAACGGGCUGAGGCCUCGAGUCGCGCAGUUUGGGUCUCUCCGCAAAUUGCUUGAUUCUCUCGACUCCGACAUAAUCUGCUUUCAGGAGACGAAGCUGUCGAGGCAAGAAAUGAAAGCAGACUUGGUGCAAGUGGAGGGCUACGAGUCCUUUUUCUCUUGCACUCGCACUACCGAUAAAGGCCGAACAGGAUAUUCCGGCGUGGCAACAUUUUGCCGUGUCAUGUCUGCAUUUUCAAGCGUUGAAGUAGCGCUACCAAUCUCUGCCGAGGAGGGUUUCACUGGUGUUCUCAAGCUUUCCACAGGGCUUAGGAAAAGUGAGAAUCCUUUGAUAAUUGAAGGUCUAGAAGAUUUCUCAAUUGAUGAGCUUCAGAAAAUUGAUGGAGAAGGACGGUGUAUCAUAUCUGACCAUGUACAUUUCGUUCUUUUCAAUGUGUAUGGGCCUAGAGCUGAUAUCGACGACACCGAAAGAAUCCAGUUCAAGCGCAAUUUUUUUCACAUACUGCAGAAAAGGUGGGAGUCUCUUCUAGGUCAAGGACGAAGGAUAAUUGUUGUUGGAGAUCUGAACAUAGCUCCCUCUGCUAUUGAUCGUUGUGAUGCUGGGUCGGAUUUUGAAAAGAAUGAGUUUAGGACUUGGUUUAGAUCUUUGCUGGUGAGAAGUGGCGGUUCCUUUUUUGAUGUUUUCCGUGAAAAACAUCCUGAGAGAAGAGAAGCGUAUACGUGUUGGCCUACAAAUUCUGGUGCAGAGGAGUUCAACUUUGGGACCCGAAUUGACCACAUUUUGAGUGCUGGGCCAUGCUUGCAUAAAGAAGAAAAUCAGGGACAUAAUUUUGUGACUUGCCAUGUCAAAGAAUGCGAUAUACUGCUGCAGUUCAAACGUUGGAAACCUGGUAAUACACCUAGACAUAAAGAUAUAAACACAAGAAGUGUCAAAUUGGAGGGGUCAGAUCAUGUUCCUGUCUACAUGAGUUUGAUGGACAUCCCCAUAAUUGAACAGCACAACACUCCUUCAAUGUCCACUCGAUAUUGUCCCCAGGUCUAUGGAUGUCAGCAGACACUAGUGUCUAUGCUCACAAGAAGGAAACCCGCUGAAAUGAAUAGCUUAUCUGGAGGAACAAGUUCUAUUUCAGAUGACAAUAGUGUUGUUCAAAGGUGCAGUCAGUCCAUUAAAAGACCCCAAUAUGAUUGUGGACCUUCAUCAUAUGUGAUUAAUGAAGGUGCAUUUUAUACAUCAGAUGAAUUUUCUGAAGGAUCGCUUAAAGAAUCAUCUUCCGAGUCACAUUGCUCCGAAGUUGGUCGUACUAGAUCUUUGUCAUCUGUAGUUUGUAAGAAAAAAGCAAGACAAAGUCAGUGGUCUCAGCUUUCACUGAAAUCGUUUUUCCAGAAAUCAGGAGCCAGUGUUGAUACAAAUAAUAGUACUUGUUCUGACAAGGAGCCUCCUCAAUCAGACAUUUCAAUUCCUUACUGUGAAAUGAAUGACACUGUCACUGAAGAUGGUGAACAAGAUGCUGCAAAGGAAUGGCCGUCAAGACAAAGCACACUAAUGCAAGGAAAUAAUACGUCACAAUUUCCAGAAAAAGAGAAGAAUAUCACAGCCUUAGUUGAGUGGCAACGGAUUCAACAACUUAUGGAAACCAGCAUACCUCUUUGCAAGGGCCACAAGGAACCUUGUGUUUCUCGAGUGGUGAAGAAAUCUGGACCUAAUUUGGGUCGACGAUUUUAUGUCUGUGCUCGUGCGGAGGUAUUUGUGCCCAUUAUUGCUGGACCUGCAUCAAAUCCUGAAGCGAACUGUGGUUUCUUCAAAUGGGCUACUACAAAAUCAAAGAAAAGAUAAUUUUGAUAAGCCAUGAAUCACGAAGGACUUGCUUAAUAUUCAAAUUGCAAAGAUGUAGCCAUAUGAUCUGUCUUCUUCUUCCCGAGUCGGAAGAUAUCUGAAUAUAUCCAAUGAGAUAUGUUGACAUAAUAAGUAGCUAUGCAGAACCUGCCUUCCUGGCGUGAUAGUUCUCUGUUGCUCUAGCAGGUGUAUCCGGUCAUCACAUGUGCCAUUUUGCGCUGUUAUUUUAUAUCUCCAGGUGCUCUGGAGUGUCUGGAUAAUUAUAUGGACCUCACCAGAGACGAAGCUAGACAAAGAAAGGCUGUUAUUUGAUUUGAACUGAAUCAUGAUGAUCGACUCUCGGGAAUGGAAGUGGAUCCUUUGUAUUUCCAUUAUGAAUUUUGUAAACUUUCGAGAGCGAAUCAUGUUCGAUUGUCGCGGGAUCAAACACCUGAGACAUAUAGUACUUGUGUAUAUAUCGGUAUAGUACUCGUGUAUAUUAACAAUCUCCAAGUGAAAUUGUUUAGAGUUUUAUGUGACAGAAAUGUGUUUAUUUUGUGCGUAGGGGAAAUGUGGGCUUUUUGUGAUGUGCGCGUGAGUCUUUUCUUAAAAUGGGAAUGUGAGGCCCAAUUUUAGCUAUUAAUUAUGAACAAGAUGUGUUGCUGAGAUUUUA